GUGCUCUCCACUCAGAGCAGCGAGUCCGACAGGAGACACUCGCAACCUGCGGCGGAUUAUCACCACUUCAACCAAUCUUAUACUUUUUACUAUCAACAAUCUUUCAUUUGUAACGCUUCAACUUCUCUAAAGGAUAUGUUGGCGGCAGUUUCACACAGCAUGUUCUUUAUUCUCUCCUUCAUGUUGCUGGAACUCGUGUUUUCCAUGCAGAGUCAGAUGUGUGAUAUGGUGAGCGAGAUAGACAAAGAGAAGGACCUGUGUGAGGCUCAGAUUGAGAACAAAACAACAGGUUGCAUGGGGAUAUGGGACAAGAUCACCUGCUGGCCCAGUGCCGAUCUGGAUGAGGUGGUCACCAUCCCUUGCCCCAAAUAUCUCUUCUACUUCACAAGCAACGUUCCCACACAUAACCUGUCAAAGACCUGCACAGAGAAUGGCUGGACCCCAAUCAGCAUAGACUCAUACAUAAAGGACUGUGGAUACAAUCCCAACAACACUAUAGAUGAUAAUACAUCGGGAGAAUUCUUCGACGCUAUCAAAGUGGGUUACACCAUCGGUCACAGCGUGUCCCUUAUUUGUCUGACGAUUGCCAUCAUCAUACUGUGUCUCUUUCGGAAGCUCCACUGCACAAGAAACUACAUCCACAUGCACCUGUUUGUGUCUUUCAUUUUGAAAGCUGUAGCCGUUUUCAUCAAGGACGUUGUUCUGUAUGAAGUAGGGGAGACAGAUAAUUGCCAGUCACCAGUGGGCUGCAAGGCAGUGGUGGUCUUCUUCCAGUAUGGAGUCAUGGCGAGUUACUUCUGGCUGCUGGUGGAGGGCCUCUAUCUCCACACUCUGUUGGCUGUUUCCUUCUUCUCUGAGAGGAAGUACUUCUGGUGGUACAUACUGAUUGGAUGGGGAGCUCCAACCAUCUUUAUCUCAGCAUGGGUGAUUACAAAGGCUUAUUUGAAUGAUCCUGGAUGCUGGGAGAUAAUUGACGACAGCCCGUGGUGGAUCAUCAAAACACCUGUUUUGGUUACCAUACUUGUGAACUUUUUCCUCUUCAUCUGCAUUAUCCGUAUCUUGCGACAGAAAAUGAAUUGCCCGGACAUCGGAAGAAAGGAAUCCAAUCAGUACUCGAGACUGGCUAAAUCGACUUUGCUGUUGAUACCUCUUUUUGGCAUAAAUUACAUCCUUUUUGCCUUCAUGCCUGACCACAUCCACCACCAAGUUAGGAUGGUUUUCGAUCUUAUUCUGGGGUCCUUUCAGGGCUUUGUCGUUGCAGUUCUGUACUGCUUUCUGAAUGGAGAGGUACAGGCGGAGAUUAAACGUAAGUGGCGCAGAUGGAUGCUGCAGAGGUUCCUGGGUGCAGGCACCAAGUACAAGCAGCCCUCUAUAGGCAGCAAUGGCAACAACUUCAGCACCCAGAUCACGAUGUUGACCAAAUGCAGCCCUACAACACGCCGGGCGUCUGAGUGUCAAGAGCACUUCUCUGCUAUCUGAAACCUCUCUGUGUUUCUAUCAUUGGGUACUGAAUUAUACACAUAUGCACUGUUGCCAAGCAUUACAUAUUGGUUGCUGGAGGUUAAUACAACAUAUUUUGCCGAGGCUAAUAUUUGUUCAUCGUAACUCUAUCGAUUACCAGUUUUUUGCAAGGGGGAAAAGGCAUCUGAACUAAUUUCCUCAAAGUAACAUUUGUGUGGCUGUUAUAUAGCUUUGAUCAGGAAUGAACUUUCAUGGUUCUGGUAGUUGACCUCUUUGACCCUCAUGUAUCUUAUAUUAACAUGUGGGCUAGUGUCUUGCUGACAGAUUUCUUUUUAAUACAAGUUUAGCUUUGAGAUCACUUGAUAAGGCAACCCAAACUGGCUCCUAAUAAGUUGGAAAUCAAUUCUCAGAAUACGUCUUUAAUAAGGAACACAAUGCCAAAUACUGCAGGGCGAAAGAUCAUCUUGGCCACUAUGUGAUUUAAAGGGAAAUGAAAUGGAGGUCUUGGCCGGUGUUUUCCAUCUGAUGUUAAGCAAUAGUUGGACAGAGGCAGAGAUGAGCUGCGUCCUAUAAGAAACAAGAUGUUUAUUAAAAGGGUGUGUUACACAAGAGGGCUUCAAGCACUUACCCUAAUGGCCCAUGUUGCUCAGGAAAUCCGUGGUAACAACUUGGAUGAGUAGUAACAGUAGUCACAUAGGAGGUAUCUAUAGCUAAACAAUGUACGGGAUGUUUCUAUCCCGUCUAUGACAGUUUUAUACAGGGAAUACACUUUGCAGAAUUACUGCCGGAUAACAUUCCAGAGGAGACAGUAAAGCUCCCGCUUGUGAAAUUUAUCUCAGAUUACAAAGGCUUUUAGUUUUGUCUGAGUGCAGUCGCUCAGCAGAUGUUCAUUUUUAUUUAUACUGUUGCUGCGACUAAUGGACCAGAUGUAUUCCAUUAUUAGUCCACAAUGCACAACAUUUUGAAUAAAUACGUGGCAACACUAACGUCCAUUAACUGGAUUGCAUGGAUAAUUAAUUUUAUUGCAUUGAGUGUAAACUCUGUAUUCUAUGCUAGAUUCAGAGAUUAAGUAUAUUGUUAUCCUUAUUGUAUCUUGCUGUCUUUUAGCCACGCUAGCACCAUGGCUGUCAGUCAGUGAUUUUGCUCCAGACGGAAAUAUUCUGACAACUAUCGGGUGGAUUGGUAGACAUAUACAGAGAUGCAUUAUCCCCAGAGGAUGAACCUUAAUAACUUUAUGAUCUUACGACUUUAAACUAGCACCACCAGCAGGUCUGAGUUUCUACUUAUCUAGUGAAAUAUGUUAUGUUCCAAAGCUGGUUGAAAUGUGAUAACUAUUGUUAUGCCUUUCAUUUGCCAUUGUCAUCUACUGUAUACUUUGAUUUAUGAACGUUUAUUUAAAACUGCAAAACUAAGGACAUUCUCAUUUACCCAAUGCUAACAUGCUAACCUAAGAUUCCAAACGUGGCUACCUAAACCCUCUAAACAUCAGCAUGUUAUUAUGCUGGCACUAACGUAAUAUUUAACCCCUAAAUGACCAAGUGUACAUCAAUAUUUACCCCUAAUCUGGAAUUCUCUGAGAAGGCCUUUGUUUGUCUUGCACGCAUCUGAUAAAUUACAUAUAAAAAAUACCAUAUCGGAUAGGUACGUACUUUUUCAGACAUUAAUAUGUAAAGGCAGUCAAAGUGUCACAUUUCAUGUACAAGUCAUUUUGGAGUUUGAUGUUUAAUUUAGUCCCUCUUCUUGUUGUACCAGUAUGUGUAAAGCUGGAACUAACUGAACUUACCUCAGACUUAUUGUCCUAAAUAAAUAUCGUAUACAGUGUAAAUACAGAUAAAGAGUUGGUUUAUAAUGUGUGUUGUGGUGAUGAUUUACAGUGCUAAGGUGUCAACUGGAAAACUGUGGUUUACAUUAAACGUUCCUUGCUCAUUCUAUCUACAUAAUAUAUCCGUUACGUUUAUUUUAUCUGUUGUUUAUCUGUAAAUACGGUGUACUGUAAAUGAUCCUGAAUCAGAUGUAAAGAUGUUAUUGAACAAAAUAUCAAAUUAUGUUGAAUAAAACCAUUUGCACUGUGGACAGGCCUUAAAGCAAAACAGUCAAUCUUUAUUUCUGCUUAAAAUAAAGCAAACAGGUAUUAAAGACACUAGAUGAAAUAAAAUAACAAAUAAAACAGAUGUACAAAUCAACAUGUUAGCUUUUUAUAAAAUACAUUUCUAAACCAUGUUCACCUCUGCCUAGCAUUAACAUGUAUCUGUUUCCCCCUGCUGUAAAAACCAGGGGGAAACUCAUAACACUUUUUCACCUUUAGAGACCAAAUGUGAUUGUAACUGUGAAACUUUCUGUACCCUAAACCAAUUUUGGGACAAUGUCCAUAAUGAGUACACUCAUUUACUUCAUUGAUAAUGUAUCACUAUUAACCUCGUUGCACCAGCAAUAGUUCAGUUAUAACUUGGUGAGGCGCAGAGUGUUGAGACGCACUGGGAGAAUAGUGGCUCCCUCUGCGUAGCUGAUCUCUCGCAAAAUCCCAU